AUGAGCCUCGAUGACUUCAAAGCCGAUCUCAUUGACCAGGUCGUGCCUUUUCGGACGACAUGCGUCGACGGGCCGAGUGUCGAACGUCGGCUGCGACUGGUAGAGCGCCUCGGUGGAGGGACGUACGGCGAUGUUUACAAGGCUGUUGAAGAAGAAGACGAAGAGAACCAGAGAGGCGCCUCUUCUUCCCUUUCUUCUGCGUCACGGGAUGGAGCAAGUGACGGAGGACGCGGGAACGUCGAAGAAACGCCCGAGAAGGAAGGCGAGGCGAAGGAGAAGCAAGAAGGAAAAGGCAAUCUCUACGCUGUGAAAUAUUACAAAGAUGAAACAAGGACAAUCAUGGAAGAGGGCAUCAGCUGCACAACCGUGCGAGAACUCUCCGCUGUUGCGGGUUGCGGGCACCAUCCAAACGUGGUGCGGAUGGAAUCGCUCUUUGUCGACCCGCUGCCUCGCCUGGCUCGCGCAGUCAACCAGCAGCGCGUGGCGUGGGCGCGGAGUCAGCAAAGUUCGCUGUCUUCUCAGCAGUAUUCGCACUUGCAAAACCAGAUUCAAAAGGAGGAACUGAAGCCGAACCAGAACUUUGUCUUUGCCGCCUACGAGUUCUGUCCCGGCGGCGACCUGAAGAAACUCCUCGCCCUGCAUCGCCAGGGCGCAGGCGGAAACGCGAACCAGGAAAGCGGCACGGGGACGCCCCCGCCACUCAGUUGGGGUUUGCCGCUCCGGCAUGCAAAGAGGCUCGCGUUCCAGCUCCUCAACGGUCUGGCCUUUCUUCACAGCGAAAACCUGUGCCACCGCGACUUGAAGCCCGACAACUUGAUGCUGACUGGAACCGACCCGGAGACAGCUGUGCUGAAGAUCGGAGACCUCGGCCUCUGUCGCGAGCUCCGAUACAACGUCGGAGAUAUCACGCCCACGGUGUGCACCAUCUACUACCGCUCUCUCGAGGUUUUGCUCGGAAGAAUUCAACCAGCAAACGACAGAGACAGAGCCAAAUACGCCAACGAGAACGGCUUGGCAGCGCAUUAUGGGCUAGGAGUCGAUCUGUGGAGUGCGGGGUGUAUUAUCGCGGAAAUGAUUCGAGGCACGCCGCUCUUCAAAGGGACGCAGGAGUUCGAGGUUCUGAUUCGAGUCACGAAAGUCCUAGGGACGCCGACAGAAGAAGAGUGGACCAAUUGCUGCCGACUCCAGCACUACCCCUUUCGAAACCUCUCGGAAAGCCACUUCUUCUCUGAGCACGACAAACGGCAAAACUUGAAUGCCGUGCUCCAAGGCAAACUCGACCUCGAUGGACUCGACCUCCUAGCACGCAUGCUCGACUACAACCCCCACAGACGAAUCACCGCAGCCGAAGCUCUCAGCCAUCAGUGGUUUACGGAUGUUUGCUUCCAGCAACUGGAUGGCAUCGGCGUGCACAACUGGUACCUCGAUGUGUUGAAGUUUCGGCUCGGAGAAAAGACUUUCGAAGCCAUGGAGCGCCGGAGGCCGUACACUCUCAAGACGACGCGGCUGUCUCACGUGAUUUGUCAGCGCAACUACAAAGGGGCGUUGCUCCAGCGGAUCAACCGCGUCUUCAGAGAAGUCGGCUGUUUCCAAGACAAAGACAAAAUCGACUACUGGAAAGCAGUCCUCGCGGCAGAAGAAGCUCAGUGGCGCCGGCGGCGUUCUCGUGCUGGUCCUUCUUCUCCCCCGUCUUCCUCUCCCUCUUCUUCGUCUCCGCGGUGUCCGCUUCAUUCUCCACUUUCCAGCGAGGCAGGCGCAGUGUCGCGGUCGACCGCGCGUCCGAGCUGCCUCUGUCCGUCAGCGGUGCAACCCCCCAGAAAUUCCAGUGCCUCGGAGAGAGACAAUUCGUCUCUCUCUGCGUGCUCUGCGCUGCCUUCUUCGGACGAAAACCGGCCCCCAGGCCUGUUACGACGGUCCUCUCUUUCUGCUCUUGGCGUCUCGCCGUCGGGUGAGGCUCUCGAGGCGGCUGGGUGCCCGAAAGGAAGCGAGAGACAAGUCCCUGCGGAGCCGGCGGCCGAGAGGGUGCGGGAAGAACACGACUUCGCGUCUUUCGGUGUACAUACAGAGAAGCCUUCGACUGUACCGUCGGACCGUCGCGUGCCCAGUCAAGAGACUCGAACGGACUCCGCUCGGUCUUCGUCCUUUUUGCCGUCUGAUCUUCUCAGUGUCAAUUCUUCCCGGGGCCAAACUUCUUCUCUCUCCUUUUCGCUGGCUUCUCAAUCAAACUCUCAAAAUCAGGGCCAAUCCGAGGCUGCGUCGGGUCCUCGCAACCGCUCUCUCUUGAAUCCUUUUCGGUCUUCAUCUUCCGCCGGUGGGGACGCAGGCGCGGCAGAAGAACGCGCACAGGGCGAGCGCCGAAGCGGCAGGCAGAGAGAAAGAGAGGAAGGAAACUUUGGGUCUGCCUUUUCUGCGCAAACGGACGUGGCUCAGCGCCUUCUUGCGAAUCCUCUAAGUUCAUUUCCGCUCUUGUCCAAUCGUCUGCUGUUCGAGGUGCCGGAAAGCAACCGGGAGCGCAAAGGGGACUCGGAGGGAAGGCCGCGCUCCGCGUUGGACACAGAAGACGGAGGCAGCAAGGCAGGAGAAGCCGAGGAUGCUGCGCAGAGAGGAAGAGAAAGGGAGAUGGACGUCGAAGCGGAGGGGGACCGAAGCGGGUCCGACCCGUUAAGGCGGCAGUGCAGAGAGUUCGAGAAAGACAAAGGCGAAACUGAGUAUUUCCAGCCGUCUUCCGUUGGCGAGAAGAGAAGACACCGCGUCUCUUCUUCGCCUUCUCUGGUUUUGCCUUUCCUUCUUGGCGGCGGGAGAGAAAGCGAGCUCGAAAAAGGAUACACAGAAGAAGGCGACAGUCUGCAGGGCGGUCGGCGAGCGCGGAAAGACGAGCGCGAGGAAGAGAAAGAAGAUCAGACACAUGCUUCAAAACGGCGACUGCUAGCCUCCUCAGGUGAGAAGGGACCGGACGCAGUCGGCUUCCACUGA